UGGAAAAAGAUAAAACUUUAAUUAGUUUUAAGGGUAAAAAAUAAGUAAAUAACCACACAACAAAAAAAAGAAAAAAAAACAAAAGUUUUUCUUCUCCAAUUCAAUCUUCACUCAUCCAGUCAUCCUCUGGAAGUAGAGAGAGAAAGUGUAUAGAGAGGAAGUGAGUAUGCUUUUGAAUGAGGUUUAAGGCAGUGUUUAGGUCUACCAACUGGUAGUUAGCCCUUCCUUAAACCCCAAAUAUUGUAGUGUUUUUAGAGAGAGAAAAAAACAGAGGAGGUUACCAACAACUAUUAGCAACAGCAUCAACAACAACAACUCCCCCAAUCCCUUCAAAGUUUUAAUUUUUUUUUUUUUUGCAAAAUCCUUAGUCUCACACGUGCCAAUGGUGGGAUUAUGAUUGAUUGUGAGAGAUUAAAAAUCCCAAAUUCAAUCAUUUAAGUAUUCAACCAAUAGAAGGUUGUAAUACUACUUAACUCUUACUUUCUCUCUCUACUUUUUUGUUUCUCUCUCUAUCUUAGCCACUCAUUAUUUUAAAUGGGUAGGAAAAAUUCAAUGUUUUUAAUAUAUUUUGGUGUGUAAUAUAAAGUUUUGAUUUUUAUAAUGUAUAGUUUGUUGGUUGUAGUGAGUAUAUUAUUCUAAUUGGGUGUGUCAUUGUUUUUUCCCAUUGAAAAGAGAUUUUAAGGGUGGGUUGGUUUAUUGUUUGCAAAAUCUCUUGGGAUCAGUUUGUCUUUAGUGUAUAAGGUUUUUAUGCUUUUUAGCAAUCUUAAGCUUCUUUGUUCCCUUAUUAAGGCACCAACUUCUUUGGGGGACUCUUUAAGGUUGUUACUGGUCCAUGAACUGUGAUCAUAUGACAUAUCAAGAUAUCUGCUGAUGUUCUACUGUUGGAAUUGUGCUUGUUUUUGAGAAAAAGUAAGAGAGAAUUCACACCAAAAUGGCAACUUAUUACCCGAGUUCAAGUGGUCAGCUAGAUGUCCUGUCAGCACCUUAUGUUCGGGACCAAAAAUUUGCAUCAUACUCUGAGUCACCUCUUCUCCAUGGCAACAUGAUGAUGUAUCUUACAUCUUCUUCACCUGGUUCAUUCUCAGAGAUUUCACCAAUGAAUCCCCAAAAUGGUGUUGAGAUGAAUGGUAGAAAUGAGAUGAUGUUUAUCCCACCUACCGGGGAUUCUAUGUGUAUUCAGUCCAUGAGUGAAAACGUGGGUAAUUCUUUGCCGGGGGAACUUCAAUUGACAUCUAGAAGUCAGAUGAGUAUGGUUGAUGGUGAACAGAAUUUGCAAGGAUUAUCACUUAGCCUUAGCACGCAGAUGUCAACCGCGGUUUCUACAUCACCAUUUCAAUAUCAAUACACCAAUCCAGGAGUAGGACUCUCCUCUGUCCUAAGCCCUCAUCUUCCCUUAUCAGCUGAGAAUAAUGUCAGACCAAUGUCCUGCAAGGUUGAUGAGGCUUCCCCUAACAAGGAUAUCAGGAAUUCUGAUUAUUUUGCUUACGAAAUCCAAGGAGAGGGACAUAAUAACAGUAACAAUAAUAAUAAUAUUAGGUUUGGGGUGCUGAACAAUCCUCAAUAUUCAAUAAACCAGAAAGCAAUGUAUCAGUAUGAGCAGGCUGGAAUGUCUAGCACACUUAACAAGUCCAAGUACCUCAAGGCAGCACAACUGUUGUUAGAUGAAGUUGUUAAUGUUCGUGAUGCUCUUAAGCGAUCUGAUUCUGGAAAAGAACAAUCUCCAAGGAAGGUAGAUGAAGGUUCCAAGGAGUCUAAAGGCGGAUCUCAAGCCGCUUCAGAAGCUAAUGAGUCAGGCUCCUCCUCACAGGAACUAUCUCCCGCAGAACGACAAGAAUUGCAGAAUAAGUUGGAUAAGCUUCAUUCCAUGUUGGAUGAGGUAGACAGAAGAUACAAACAAUAUUGUCAACAGAUGCAAAUCCUGGUGUCAUCUUUUGAUGUGGUAGCUGGAGCAGGGGCAGCUAAACCUUACACAACUUUAGCCCUUAAAACAAUUUCCCGUCAUUUCCGAUGCUUGCGUGAUGCCAUAACUAACCAAAUUCAAGCAACACGCAAAAUCCUUGGGGAGCAAGACAAUGGGCCAGGAGGAGUAAUUCCUCGUCUUCGAUAUGUGGAUCAACAACUCAGACAACAGCGAGCCCUUCAGCAAUUUGGUAUGAUGCGCCACGCUUGGAGGCCUCAAAGGGGACUUCCCGAAAGUGCUGUUACUAUUCUCCGUGCUUGGCUUUUUGAGCAUUUCCUUCAUCCAUACCCAAAGGAUUCGGAGAAGAUUAUGCUGGCUAGACAGACAGGAUUGACUAGAAGCCAGGUUGCGAACUGGUUCAUUAAUGCACGUGUACGUCUUUGGAAGCCAAUGGUAGAGGAAAUGUACAAAGAAGAAUUCGGAGAAGCAGAGUUAAUGAAUUCAAGAUGUUCACCAGAAAACACACCCAAAUUAGCAAGGGAGAAGUCUUGGGGAUCCGAGGAUAGACGAGAGGAAAUGCAGGAAAGCUCAACAUCCAUAGCCCACGAUGCCCACGAUUCAAAGGUCAAUGUCAACCAAGGUAUUGGUGCUCUUGGUAAUGGUAAUGAUAGCCAUGGGUUUUACAGUAAUAAUGGGACACUUUCCUCUCCUGACCCAAAUGGUGGAGGGCAUGGGCAUGGGCAUGGGCAUUCACAUCUCAUGGUUAAUCCUGCUGCUUACCAAAUAUCUGAGAUGGGCAGCUUUAGUGUAGACAACCAAGUAUCUCUUGCCUUAGGCUUGCGGCAUCGUGAAGGCGAUGUCACAUUCCGAGGUAACACCACUACAGAAGCUAAUAUGGGAGUCGCCACCUCGGACUAUAAUCCUUACCUUGAGCAAGUAAAUCAGCAACAUAGGUUUGGUAACCCAUCACACAUCCUAAAUGAUUUUGUAGCCUGAAUAUAAAAAAUUUAUAAAAAAAACAAAACAAAAUCCUUUUAUUGCAUACUUCUCUACAUCUCUAUAUGAAUAAACUGGGGUUAGACCAUAUACUGACCUUAGAAAUAGCAAUACCUGCAUUUUUUCUUCCUCUCCUGCUGUUCUUACGACGCCGUCUGCGCAAUUGUGAAAUUCAAGCAGGCUUGCAGAUUGGGAAAAGGGCAUGGAGUUGUGUAAAUUUCAUUUGGAUAUAUAUUGUUGUAGAAUUUUUCCCAGAUGUAAUAUGUAAUAUAGAUACUGGGUUGGAGAAAAAUAGCAUAUAUUUGUACAAGAUAGGGAUUAUUCAUGUAAUUUUUGUGUGA